GAACUGCACUGGACUUUUGGAAAAGAGAAGUGGUUUUAGGAAUGGUUUUGGUUCCUUUCUAUUAUAGCUGAAUUGCUGAAAAUGAAAUGGUUGAGAAUGCAUGUUCUCAAAAUGCAGAGGGUAUAUAAAUGUAAGUAAAGUGAGGGAAUUAUAGACGAAGAGGAAGAGGACUGAAAACAAGGUUCAUGUGAAAACAUCUAUUAGUGAGAGAUCUCGAUAAUUCAUCAUCUCAUCCUCUUCAUCAUGGCGCUGCUUCUUCAUGUGCUGAUGCUGGUUCUUCUCUCCGGUGGUUCAGCCGAAGUUGUGGAGAAUUUCGAGUGGGAGUGUGGUCAAUUUUUUGCAAAUCGAAAAUCACCAACAAUAUUUUCUGGACCACAGUACAAGCAGAUCUGCCAAACUCUAAAUGGUGUUCCUUAUUAUGCCACAUAUUAUGAUACUGGCAACAAGAUCCCAGUGUACUCAGCCUACAGGUUCAGAGGGCUACAGAGCUGCAAAAGAAAAAACUGGUACAUUGAACCUCAACUUGAUGAUACGAACGCGGUGUCAAACAUGUCAUCUGAGGGGUCUGUGGAUAUAAACCUACGCGGAGUCCAUCAAGCUCUCAGUGAAGACUACAAGAAAUCUGGGUACCACAAAGGUCAUCUGGCUCCGGUCUACCAGGCAGGAUCACAGAGCUGUGCUGACGCCACCUUCACUCUCACUAAUGCUGCUCCACAAGACCGCUUUUUUAACAACGGCAAAUGGAAGAGUUUAGAAAGAAAAAUCGCUAAUGAUCUUGUCAAACAAUGUCUUAAUCUUGAAUAUUCUGUUUUCAUUGUAACAGGGGUGGUUCCAGGAACAGGGACACUGAAAAACGAAAACAGAGUGAAAGUGCCUAGUCAUUUCUGGACUGCAUACUGCUGCUUAGACAACAAUAACAAAUGUCAAACCUCACGAGGAUAUAUUGGAGAGAACAAGAACGAAACUCCCCUAAAUAUGACUGUGAAAGAAUUAGAGACAUACUUGGCAACACUUUAUGAAGUCAGAUCUUUUGAGGUGUUUCCUACUCCCGCAUAUAUUGUGGAAAUUGACCAGUAUCGUGCAUAUUACUAGGUGGUUUGUCAUGUGUUUCUAUUGAACCUAUUCAAUGAGUACACUCUAAAAAAAAUGCUGGGUUGAUUUAACCCAAU